UCAGCACAGACUGUGGUUUCACAGCUCCACGGAGAGCUUGCAGUGAAGCAGGUGAACACGAAGGAUACAGCAGACAGCAAAGAGCCGAAGUGGAAAUCACCUUCAGAUAAGUUUCCGUUCGACAGAAACAGAUGCUAACGCAGCCAUAGAAAAGGUCAUGUGACAGCUGUGGAAAUGGACAGCAUGUGACAGAAAUGGAAACCCGAGGAAGUCAUACAAAGAGAAAUUCAGCUGAGUAAAUGUUAAUACAGCCAACUUUGAUAUGUGGCAUACAGAGACGACCGGGCUCAGGUGAAACAGUCCCAUUUGCAAAGCUGAAAAACCAGAGGUGGACAUCACGAUGAUGAAGAGUAGGCGUGCUCAGAUUGGGCCUAUGACAGAAGGCUAAGCACGUCAGGUGACAGCACUGGAUGGAGUGACUGUGGAUGCAGAGAGGACAUCUCUCCAGUGCACAGGUCCUGACAGUCAGCACACUGCUGUGAUCACGGCCACACAUGUGGGCUUCCCUCAGAGGAUGUGUACCUGAGACUUCGGUCGGUGUUUGAUUUAUGCUUCCAACUGUUUUAAAAAGAAGACUGGUAGCUGCAGCUGAAUGUAAACCAUGCCUCGGAACCGAGCCUUUUCUGAGCCCGAGUAUUCCGCUGAGUAUUCAGCAGACUGCUCUGUGACGUUGCCCUCUGACCCCGGGCAGGCAGUGGGACGAACACACGAGGUCACGGUGCGGACCUCGGGAUGCUGCCUCUGUCUGCCACGUUUCAUGCGCCUGACCUUUGCGCCCGAGUCCUUGGAGAAUCUUUAUCAGACCUACUUUAGACGGCAGAGACACGAAACCCUGCUGGUGCUCGUCGUGUUUGCCGCGCUGUUCGACAGCUACAUCAUCCUCAUGUGUGCUGUGGUCUACACCGCUGAUAAGCUGGCUUCUGUUUUAGUGGCAUCAGUGGGACUGGCAGCAGAUAUCAUUCUCUAUCUGCUGUGCCGCUUCGGGCUGCUGCCAGACCGCAUCUCCAGGCGGGUGUUGCCCUAUGCCCUGUGGGUGCUCAUAGCAGCUCAGAUAUUCUGCUACCUGGGUUUGAAUUAUGCUCGCUUCCACCAGGCCAGCGACACUGUAGGCUGGCAGGCUUUCUUCAGUUUCUCGGUUUUUCUGACUCUGCCUUUGAGACUGACUCCCAUUGUGCUCAUCACCACUGUGUCCUGUGGGGUCCAUACCCUGGUUCUGGGUGUCACCAUUGCCCAGCAGCAGCAGGAUGACAUACAUGGCGCAGCACUUGGCAGACAGCUUCUAGCCAACCUUGUGAUUUAUGUUUGUGCCAUCACUGUGGGCAUCAUGUCGUACUACAUGGCCGAUCGGAAACAUCGGAAGGCCUUUCUGGAGGCGAGACAGUCACUGGAGGUCAAACUCAACCUGGAGGAGCAGAGUCAACAACAGGAGCGUCUGCUCCUCUCCAUUCUUCCAAAGCACAUAGCUGAUGAAAUGCUUCAGGACAUGAAGAAGGGACCUAGUCAGAAAGAAAUGCAACAGUUCAACACCAUGUACAUGUACAGGCAUGAAAAUGUCAGUAUUUUGUUUGCAGACAUUGUGGGCUUCACCCAGCUGUCGUCUUCUUGCAGUGCUCAGGAGCUUGUCAAACUGCUUAAUGAGCUCUUUGCCCGCUUUGACAAACUAGCUGCUAAAUACCACCAGCUAAGGAUCAAGAUCCUGGGAGACUGCUACUACUGUAUUUGUGGGCUGCCGGACUACAGGGAUGACCAUGCCGCCUGCUCUAUCAUGAUGGGUCUGGCCAUGGUGGAGGCCAUUUCGUAUGUCCGAGAGAAAACCCAGACAGAUGUCGACAUGCGUGUUGGAGUGCACAGUGGUACGGUCCUGGGAGGAGUGCUGGGUCAGAAACGUUGGCAGUAUGAUGUUUGGUCCACAGAUGUCACAGUGGCCAAUAAAAUGGAGGCUGGAGGGAUCCCAGGCCGAGUUCACAUCUCACAAAGCACCAUGGAGUGUCUUCAUGGUGAGUUUGAUGUGGAGCCGGGGAAUGGAGGUGACCGCUGUGACUACCUGAGGGAGAGAGGCAUAGACACCUACCUGGUGGUUGUUCCAAAAGCACCUUUGGGAAAGAAUGGCAUUAACAGUGUCAAACUGUCCGUAACCUCGUCCAAUGGAAAUUCUCCUCUGCUAAUCAACACCACAGACUGUAAUGGCAGUGUCCACACAGCCUGCACCACACCAGAGGAACCAGAGGAACUGGACACAAGGGUGGUGAACCCAUCGUUUCCUAAUCCCCGAAGGAGGCUGAGGCUGCGGGACCUGGCUGAACGGGUGAUUGAUGCUCAGGAGAACGAACAGGAGCUCAACAAACUCCUUAAUGAAGCUCUGCUGGAGAGAGAGACGGUUCAAGCUCUGAAGGGGAAACACACCAACAAGCUGUCCCUCAGGUUUGUGGAUCCAGAGCUGGAAACACGUUUCUCUGUGGAGAAGGAGAAACAGAGUGGGGCUGCCUUCUGCUGCUCCUGUGUGGUUCUGCUCUUUACUGCAGUGAUGGAGGCGCUCAUAGACCCCUGGCUGAUUGCAAACUACAUCACCUUUGCAGUGGGGGAAGUCUUACUGCUCAUCCUGACCAUUUGUUCUUUGGCUGCCAUCUUCCCCAGAGUCUUUGCCAAAAAGCUGGUGUCUUUCUCCACCUGGAUUGACCACACACGUUGGGCUCGCAACACUUGGGCCAUGACUGCCAUUUUCAUCCUAACCAUGGCUGACAUAAUGGACAUGCUUAGUUGUCUGCCUCAGGUCCCAGACUCAGACACCACCACAGUGGCUCCCUCCUCCUCGUUGUCCACCGUGUCCAGCCUUGAAGGCUGCCUGAACAAUCCCAAAUAUUACAGCUACGUUGCUGUGCUGGCACUGAUGGCCACCACAAUGCUGGUUCAGGUCAGUCACAUGGUUAAGCUUACCCUGAUGCUGCUCAUCACAGUGGCCACUGGCAUCGUUAACAUCUACAGCUGGAAGGACAUCUUUGACCGCUAUGACAUGGCCCGCUUCCACGACUACAGGUCAUUUCUGGUCCCAUCUAAAUUCGCAAUGACAGUUAUGAUCUUCAUUAUGAUGGUUAGCUUCUAUUACUUCUCCAGACAUGUGGAGAAGCUUGCCCGUACCCUUUUCCUCUGGAAGAUUGAAGUUCAUGAACAAAAGGAGAAGGUGUAUGAGAUGCGGCGCUGGAACGAAGCACUGGUAACCAACAUGCUGCCUGAACAUGUGGCUCGACACUUCCUAGGAUCCAAGAAAAGGGACGAGGAACUGUACAGCCAGUCAUAUGACGAGAUUGGAGUCAUGUUUGCUUCUAUCCCCAACUUUUCUGACUUUUACACAGAGGAGAGCAUCAAUAACGGAGGCAUUGAAUGCUUACGCUUUCUCAACGAGAUCAUCUCAGACUUUGACAGUCUGCUUGAUGAGCCUCAGUUUCGCUGCAUUACAAAAAUCAAGACUAUUGGCAGCACAUACAUGGCAGCGUCAGGUGUCACCCCGGACGUCAGCAACGGUUACAACUCCAUCAAGAAGGAAGAGCUGUCGGACACGGAGCGCUGGCAGCACCUGGCAGACCUUGCAGACUUUGCGCUGGCCAUGAAGGUUACACUUAUGAACAUCAACUACCAAUCAUUCAACAAUUUCAUGCUGCGCAUCGGUCUAAAUAAGGGUGGGGUGCUAGCUGGAGUGAUUGGUGCUCGCAAACCCCACUUUGACAUCUGGGGCAACACUGUAAACGUGGCAAGCCGCAUGGAGUCCACAGGUGUGAUGGGCAACAUCCAGGUAGUGGAGGACUGCUACAACAUCCUGAAGGAGUAUGGCUUCCGCUUUGUGAGGAGAGGGCCCAUCUUUGUGAAGGGGAAAGGAGAGCUGCUCACUUAUUUUCUGAAGGGAAGAGACAAACAAGGCUCAUUUAUCAAUGGCUCCUCUGUCACUCUGCCACAUCAGGUGGUGGAUAGUUGAGGACUUAUCUCUGUCUAUCGUGCACACACACUCGUGCACUCAUCAGUCAUAGGCUGUGUGAAGAGUCAUGCAGGGGGAAGAAGUGAUUUGAUUUAAAGUCCUGGGAAACCUGAAAUUAUAACUGAACUGAAGCCUGUAUUUGAUUUUGAAGGUGAUUUCAGUUUAGAAGUUUAUAUUUAAAUCAAGAUUGUUUGAAUAAAUUGAGAAGAUUAGAAACUGAGGGCACCAAAGUAGAGAUUAAAGGGAAAUCCUGAUUCUUUGACUCUGACACUGAGGGGACUGAUCUAUGAAAAUUCUUACUUCUUAAAUAAGGAGUUGUUAUGUGGAAAUUCAUUAUAUUGGGUUAAACAGGUUAAACAGAUAUACUGUCUAAUUGCUCUUGAUUGGACAGAUACUGUAGAACAAACUAUUCAUCAUUUGGAAGUUUUUUCCUUUUUGUCCUCGUGUCACCCUUUCGUGUUCAUAGCCACAGAAACAUUUAGCAAAAGGAAACUUUAGCGUAAUGAAACACCCAGUAACUGCUUUACACACCAGAUGUGUAAAAUCUGUGCAGAUAUGUUUUAUAAACCACUCCAAAUGCACUUGUAGCUCAAAACGAAACCAGGUACUGAAUAUACAGAUAGUAAAGUAUUACAGUGUUACCCAACUCUGCCAACAAGAGCUCAAACUGGCCCAUUAACAUGCUGGGUGGCUGUAGCUCAGGAGGUAGAGCAGGUCCUCUACUAAUCACAAGGUUCACAGUUAGCUCCCUGCCUGCUGUAAUCUUCAUUGGGCAAGAUAGUAACCCCAAAUUGCUCUCCAUUGCAUCCAUUGACGUGUGAACAUUAAAUAAAAAGCACAUAAGAAUAAAAAACGUGCUUGGGCAUGAGGUAUAAACUAGUCCCUUUACCAUCCUGCACAGCUUUCACUCCUGGAUCAGACCAUGAAGUUCUCCCUGCUGCUGCCUUCUGUUGAAUCAUAGUUUCUUUGUUUCCUUGUUUAGAAACAUCAGGACCAGAAUUUUUAAGGAUGAAUCUUUAGCAAAAAUGCAACACUGUUUUGUGUGUGCAUCUGAAAAGUGUGGUAUUUUUGCUUUUUGCGGUGCGCUCAGUGUGUAACGGCCUUAAAGCUGCAGGUCUGACACACAGCUGUCUCUGCUUCAGCACUUAAAGCAAUGCAUUUAAAAAGCACUCCACCUUUAGAGUACCAUGGUAUGUGUACAUUUUCAACAUGUGCAAAGGAAGUGUUGCUUUUGUUCCAACAAAGAUUGUUAGCCUUGGCUUGUAAAGUCCAAGCAAACUUUUAAAAAUUUCUCUCUCUGUCUCUUUCUCACUCUCACAAAUCUCUCCUCUGGAGCAAUAAAAAUGUAUUUUAGGCAUAAGCUUUAAAUUUACUGCAGGAGGUGAGUCAGUAAGAUAAAUCUUUAACUCAAUUCAGUUUUAUUUACACAGCGUCAAAUCACAACAGUCGCCUCAAGGUGCUUUAUACUGUAAGGUAGACCCUACAAUAAUAAAUACAGAGAAAAACCCAACAAUCAUAUGACCCCCUAUGAG